UCCAGCAACAAAGGCUGCGUGCGUGUGUAUGUGUGGGUGUGACUGAGUGCGUGAGAUGGGGGUGCCGUUUUCAUAUUGAUUAAAUUAACUGUUAUUUAUUCCAUCGAGCGACACGUUCCAUGUAAAUAACAAACAGCUGCUUUGGACAUUUGAAUAUUAGUGUUGGUAAACACCACGCUUUUUAGUCGCACAUUUUUUACGGCGUUUCAAGAAUAAACAAAUUUGCUAUCAUUUCGGCAUCUAAAAUCGGGCUUUAUUUGUGAAAAGAUUCGUUUUAAACUUACAUUUGAGAAGUAUUUUACUAUCAGUUACCUAAGCUAAACAUUCAGAUUAGUGUGACUCACAAAAACAAUUCACAAUAUAAACUUUAAAAUAACUUAACUUAAAUGCUGCAUACCAAGUACUGCAUCAUUACUAGUUUAACAUAAAUAUUUUAUGUAUUGGUACAUAAAAUUAUAAACUUGUUAAAUAUUGAUAAAGUGUUUGGUUUUUGAAAAUUGAUUGCAAAUAAAGUGUUUAAGUGGCUUAAAUGAGGGUAUCCUACCUUUAGACUAAAAAUGCCCGACUUCUAUGAACUCUUGAAUGUGUCAUCCACGGCCAGUUUCGAGGAGAUCAAAGGCAGCUACAAACAAUUGAUACUACAAUGUCAUCCCGACAAAUUGCGGCAACUCGAUGACCCAAAUCCGGGAUCGGAGCUCCAGAACAGCGACUUCAAUGCAAUAAACGCGGCGUGGAACACGCUGAAAGAUCCCAUUAGGCGCAAGUACUACGACGCCGAACUGCUGCAGUCGAAAUUCCGAGCUCAUAGCAACAUAUACGCCACCGUCGUGCUGGAUGAAAUGCAGCGGAUCCAAGUGGAAAUCGAAGAAGACGACGAGGCACCGGCACCGGCACCUCCAUCACCACCUCCACCUCCCUCCCGAGCAUCUGAUUCGGAAUACGAUGCAAACAAAAGACCGGCGACAAUGUGGAGCUACGCGUACGACUGCCGAUGCGGCGGACAGUAUCUGUUCGAUGGACCCGCAGACGAUGAUGAGUCACCCGAAGUGAUUGUGGAGUGCAACGAGUGCUCUUUAGUGAUUAUUGUGAAACAAGCCGCAAGUUGUAAAUAAAGAAAAGCGGAGGGGGAAAUAAUGGAACUGCUACCCAGCACAAUGCUUCUGCUUUAAACUAUUCGAUUAAGAGCUCUUUGAAAACGAAGUUUAUACUCUAUACCGUUUAUUGGGUUCUUGAACCCCGGACUCCCUUUUCAUAUGCAAAGCAUGUUGUCAUCGACAUCGACGUUGUGCAUUUCGACCCUGCCCCUUUCUUUGUCUCCUGUUGUGCUCGAAAGUGAUGUAAUCAAUUGGUGGUACCUUACUUUGAUUUGGGACUUAUUCAUUAUUUAUAUUAUUUUAUUAAAUAGUAUUUAACUAUAUCCCUUUUAACGAAAUGUAGCUCCUUCGACUUCCAUUGGAUUCCAUAUUCGAGAGAGAAACAAUGGGGUAUUAAGUUCUUUAAAUGUAAUUGUAUUUACUCGAGUUUGCCAAUUUUUCGCUUUUUGUGAAGAUUCAAUAACCCUGCUCGAUCGCAGCAACGUCGACGAUGAUGUCAGCAUUGCAAAGGCCCAAAAAAGCUUAAAAAUACUUAUAAAUAACUGUGUAGAGAGCAUACGAAAAAGCAGAGUGGCCGCGUCGGGAAUCCAUUUAUUUAUGAUUAUUGCAAAGUAAUUUGCAGUAGAUGGGCAAAUAAGCACACCCAGUCAGUCGGAGAUUUUUUGUUGUGAUUGGCUUUUAUCAAUGCCCCUUGGAAAAUCUCAGGCCACCGGAUAAAUACAUCACUCGAUCUCGAUGGUUAAUUAACGCUUGUCUAGCUUUCGAUUUCUAAACGUGCACAUGACUGUCUAUAGUGAGUGUGUCUAUAUGCUAGUCUGCGCAUAAGUGCUAUUAACAUAAACCGGCAGACGGGCUUAAUAAACACUUGAUUUCCAGCCCCAGUUCGAGUUCGGUCUAUAUGAGAAAACAACAGGCGGUGGAAAACGUGCGUACCUUUCGAAUAUGAACUGUUACAUUUGUAUAUUACACUGGAGAAAAUACCUGACACCUGUCUUGGAAAAUGUUUGAUUAGGUGCAAGUAAAGGCGUGUGUUUAAAUUAAGCUAUUUUUUAGCUGCGUUAGGAUGUCUUAAAAGAAAGGUCUUGAAUCUAAAUGCAUAGCCAUUGUAUAACCUAUUCACGUUAUUUUUUUUAGUGCAGUUAUCUUGGUUAUCUCUCACUUUAAUAGGCUUUUGACACAGAAAAUUGAAACGCUUUAGCGCAUUUGGCCCUCAUUCAUUUCGUCAUUCCUUCAAUUAUUCCUGCGUAGUUGCCUUAGUGGCAAGUUGUUCGCACACUGAGGGAAAAUAAGUGGAAUACACAUUUUUGAAUAUAAAGUAAUAGAAGCAUCAUUUGAGUUUUUCUAAUAAAUUUACUUGCAGUUAAGGAUAUAAGUAACAUUAAG